AUGUCUUCCCCAGAUGAGCAGCAGGACCCGCCGGACUUCUUUCAAGACCUUCAAUACAACGAAUUCUUUCCAUUCAGAGGCUCUGGCGUCCCACGCUAUAUGCAGUGGGAUCUUGGAACCACCGCUGCACCACAUACACCAGCACCAGCACUAGUACUGGCGCCAAUGCCACUGCCGGUGCCAGCGCCAACAUCAGGGCCAGCAGUCGUUGGUGUGGUGUUGGCCCGCGAGCAAGAAGGAGAGCGAGGUGAAUUUACCCAUGGAGUGAUACAUAUGCUGGAGAUGGAGCGUCCGGUCGGUCGUCAACGCGCCAUCGGCCGCCAUCUCCCUCCUACCCCAGCUCCUGGACCAGCACAACUAACGAUACCGGCCUCUGCCAUCACUCCUGCAGCCACUCCCCCAGCCGCUCCCCCAGCCACUCCCCCAGCCGUCACAGCCCUAGUCAAGCUCAAAAAAAAGGAAAUCAAGACAAUCAAGACUAGGGCAAGGAUGAACCUCCAUUGCACAAUGCUGCAAAUGGAGGUUCCGUACGAAAAAUUCAAGACACCAAAGGCACAUGAAGAAAUGGUGACGUCAAUGUCACAUACUCGGAGACUCUUCAAAACAUAUGCCUCCCACAAUAUUCUCAACGCCCUCAAUCUGCGCCUCCCGCCUGCAGAAAGGGCUAAUGUAGUACAAGGCUAUCUCUCCGGACUGAACUUCCUGCACAAAGUUGAAAUGGUUGACAGAAUCGAAGUCACGCAUUUUCUGGAGGCCGACUACCUUAUCGACAUGAUUGUCGACGUUGUGUGGCAAGAAGGGCUCUAUGUCGACAUCGACACUGAGAGACUCGACUGCGUGUUCGGCCUUGCAGGAGCCGCAGUUCACAAUGCCCUCAAGGCAUAUCAUGAGGGCACAUACGAAAAAGUCGAUGCAUCUGCUGAACAAUUCUACGACACUUACAGUUCGAUUAUAGUGUUGAUCAACAGGAUAAGGCUUGAUGAUGUGUUGAGGGAGAGAUUAUAUGUUUUAACACAUUUUUUCAUGAUUGCAAAGAGCCGAGUCUACUUUGAUGCAAUAAGUACUAAAAUGUGCAGAAGUUCAGAGCAUCAGCGGAUUCCAGAUCUGAAAUCCCAGCUCAAAGCGCAAGAUAAAAAGUGCAGUCAGUUGAGCGGAAAUGGCAGGCAUCAGGGCAGAUCACUCAACACAUCUGUUAUCGUCACUCCCAGAAAGUUUGCUUCAUGCAACCAGCUAGCAGUAACAAAUGCACUGUAUAUAAAAAACAUAUAUGACAUACAGGAAGACUCUAAUGCGUUGAAGUUCAGUACAACCUUUGAAGUGCACAAAUUAGCGAACUUACUUGGGAAUGGAGGCAAGGAUGUGAGACUGUCUCAAGAUGAUCAGUCAAUUGCAACUUGCGCCGAAUGA